GUAAAUAAUAAAAUAAAUAUAAUAUGCAAGCUAAUCCUAUAUGUGCUUAGCCUUUAGCUCAAUAUUUAGAGAAUUAUGAUAAUUUUGAGGAAGUGUCAGAAACUUUUAAGUGUUUAUAAAAAAUUCAUUAACCACUUGAACCUGAGGCAACAUUUUUUUUGAUACGCGCUCCAACAAAAGAUAAUGUUCAUCGAGCAAUAAAAUAUGGUAUUUGGACUAGGUAUACAUACUUAUGAAAAUAGUUCGAGUCGAAAUAAUAAAAAGUUGAAUGAUGCUUCUCGACCUGUAUAUUUACUUUUCAAUGUUACACAGACUUCUCAUUUCAUUGGAUUGGCAAAAAUUAUUAGUGAAUUUAGGGAUAAAAUGCAUUUUAAAUAUUGGGCUGAGGAAAAUAAAUGGUUUGGAUCAUUUCUAAUUGAAUGGGUAUUUAUUAAAGACAUACAAGGUUUUCAUUAGAGAUUUACCAUAUAAUGAACUAAGUAUGAUAACAUAAUCAAGUGGCAAAUGUAUACAUGAAAUGAUAGAUUGUACUCAAAUUGAAAAUGCUGAAUAGAUUUACAGUGCAUUUUAACGUCAACCACAAAAAAGCUGUAUGCUUAAAAGUUUCAAGGAAUUAGAUAAUUCUGAAGUAUAAAAUUUGAUAAUUAAUUUAAGAGAAGAAAAAGAAAUGAAAGAGAUACAAAUCCCAACUUUGAUAUCUAAUUUUAAGAAUAUAUAUCUGUCUUUGAAUAGAUGCCUUUCUCUUUCUCUGUCACUUCUUAUUAAAGGAGAAAACAAUAAGAAUUGUAAAAUUAGUACUUCUAAUAAUACUAAUACUAUUAUUCAAGUCCUUGGUAUGGAGUAGGUAUAUUAUAUAUCAAUUAUUCUAGCUUAACCUACUUUUUGGAAUUCUGAGUUUUAAUCUCAAACUCAGUAAUACUAAUUAUAGAAAGUAUCAAAAAAUAAUGCUGGUUUUUACUAGACUUAAAAUUAAAAUAGACCUCAAACUUAAAAUAUUUAAUUAACUAAACAUUUGUAAAAAAAAUAAUAAGUUUAAAAUAAAAAUAAUACUCUAGAGAGUCCGAAAAAAUAAUGA